AUGGCCCAGCCGAUCCGCCUCCUGGGUGAAGACGCCGAUGGCAUGGAUGAGUUCCUGAAGGAGAAGGCCAAGAACUUCCCCGAGCAGCUGGAGCAAAUCCUGAAGUCCAGUGAUCUCGAUGACGGCAACAUCAUCUUCAAAGGCCAUGAUGCUAUGGUUCAGGGCCACACGAUCGCCCCUCGCAUUGCGAAUGCCCUCGAGGAUGGCCAGCACGAGAUCGAAAAGGAAGGCAAGGAGAAGUUGCAGGCCCUGGUGAAGCGACAAAUGAUGGAGCUGAAUGAUGCCAAGGAUGGCCUGAACGCCACGCUGAAGACGAAGUGGGAGAGGAGCCUGGACCUCUUGGAGGAGUAUAAGGACACCCAACUUGCCGAAGAAGCCAAGCUCAAGGCUGCUCAGGAUGAACUGGACAGCCUCUAUUCCCUUGUCUUUCGCCUGGUGGACUUGAUCUGCAAAGCGGAGGACGGUGUCUACCCAGUAAUGAGGGAACGACCCACUUUCUCAUGGAGGGGCAAAGCGGGCAAAACGACUGAGAUACGCGGAGGCUUCACGAAUCGUGGCGUCUCCCAGAGAGCUGGAAGUCGUGCGGAAAGCACGCUUUCUUACUACUUGCUUUGGUCUCCCGGCCUUUUCCCCAAAGCCGUGCUAUCCUUUGCCUCGCUGUUGGCCCUUCAGCUUCUUGGUGGCCAUCUUUCUGAGAUGAGUGGCUUGAGAAGACCAGGGAGUCUACCACUUGCUCGGCGCAUCUGGGACAUGCUACUGCUGCCACUACUGUCGAGUGCCUGUUGCGGAAUCCAGCUCAUCAUCAACGUGCUCGUUGGAGCUAGCGGCUGCGCCGGCUUCAACAAAGUCUUCGGCCCUCUUCGGCCAUAUUUUCUGGGAGCUUUGCUGAGCAGUCUCUGCAUAUCCAUACUCCAAGGGCACGCAAGCUUCCGCAUCCUGGCCCUGCAGUGCCUGCUGGCGUUUUUGCCCGAAGUCGUCCACCUCUGGAACCUACGUGGCGCACGCACGCGGGCGAGUGUGGCGCCUGCCCUGGGCAACUUGGCCACUGUGGAGUUGAGCGUUCCUGGCAUGGGUUGCGUCGCCUGCAUCAACAAGGUGAACAGCUCCCUUCGCGAGGUCGACGGCGUUACGAGCUCUGAGGCCUGGCUGGAGAAGGAGGGCGGCCGGGCCCUCGUCCACUGCGCAGCGGCCUCUGAGACGAAGGUACGCGAGCUGGCCAGCAAGCUGGCGCUGGCUGUGGAAGGUGCAGGAUUCGAGCCUUGCAUGGUGGUUGAAGUACAGGUAAGGUCCUAA